AUGAACAUUUCCAAACAAACAGGUGUGAAGGAGAGGCCGGUUUCUCUGGUGCAGAGGGAAGCCAAGGCGGAAUCUGCUAUGGAAGAACCAGGUAAGACCACACCUUCUUGAGACUGAUUGGUCCCUUCACAUUGCAUAUAGCAAGGUAUUAUCUUCUGUAUAGCACAUACCCAGACAUGCUCUUCUUACUCCAAAAACACAAAGGCAUAAUGUGAGAGACAAUGAGGAUGUGAUACCACUUUGAAAAUAUUACCGUAAUGUCAAAGAUGCAUGUGGACAUAUCCUCACCAGUAUUGUUUCUUUUGGGGGGGUUUAGGAGACAGGUUAGAGUGGGUGUAACUGUCACUCAAAUGACACCCUCUUGGCUUAUGGGCUUAUUUGUUAUCAGAAAAGGCAUUUGUCCUGUCCUACAGCUAACCAGCCAUUGACCAGAUAUUCUCAGUUGACCAUAAAAACAUAUUAAAAUGCCACCAAGGCAAGAAUAGGUGUGCUCAGAUUAGCUCAUCCAAUGUACUGGGUGGUCGGGGUUGACCCACAACCUGUACACACAUUCUCCACCCGGUUACUCAACCCUGCACCUUAGAGGCUGCUGCCCUAUAUACAUAGAAAUGGAAUCACUGGUCACUUUAAUAAUGGAACACUAGUCACUUUAAUAAUGUUUACAUACUGCUUUACUCAUUUCAUAUGUAUAUACUGUAUUCUAUUCUACUGUAUUUUAGUCAAUGGCACUCCGACAUUGCUCGUCCUAAUAUUUAGUGUGCAUUCGGAAACUAUUCAGACCCCUUGACUUUUUCCAUAUUUUGUUACAUUACUGCCUUAUUCUAAAAUGGAUGAAAUAUUUUUUUUACCUAAUCAAUCUACACACAAUACCCCAUAAUGACAAAGCAAAAACAGGUUAUCACAUUUACAUAAGUAUUCAGACCCUUUACUCAGUACUUUGUUGAAGAGCCUUUGGCAGCGAUUAAAGCCUUGAGUGUUCUUGGAUAUGACACUACAAGCUUGGCACACCUGUAUUUGGGGAGUUUCUCCCAUUCUUCUCUGCAGAUGCUCUCAAGCUCUGUCAGGUUGGAUGGGGAGCGUCGCUGCACAGCUAUUUUCAGGUCUCUCCAGAGAUGUUUGAUCGGGUACAAGUCCAGGCUCUGGCUGGGCCACUCAAGGACAUUCAGAGACUUGUCCCAAAGCCACUCCUGCGUUGUGUUGGCUGUGUGCUUAGGGUCGUUGUCCUGUUAGGAGGUGAACCUUCGCCCCAGUCUGAGGUCCUGAGCGCUCUGGAGCAGGUUUUCAUCAAGUAUCUCUCUGUACUUUUCUCCGUUCAUCUUUCCCUCGAUCCUGACUAGUCUCCCAGUCCCUGCCGCUGAAAAACAUCCCCACAGCAUGAUGCUGCCACCACCACGCUUCAUCGUAGGGAUGGUGCCAGGUUUCCUCCAGACGUGACGCUUGGCAUUCAGGCCAAAGAGUUCAAUCUUGGUUUCAUCAGACCAGAGAAUCUUGUUUCUGAUGGUCUGAGAGUCCUUUAGGUGCCUUUUGCAAACUGCAAGUGAGCUGUCAUGUGACUUUUACUGAGGAGUGGCUUCUGUCUGGCCACUCUGCCAUAAAGGCAUGAUUGGUGGAGUGCUGCAGAGAUGGUUGUCCUUCUGGAAGGUUCUCCCAUCUCCACAGAGGAACUCUGGAGCUCUGUCAGAGUGACCAUCAGGUUAUUGGUCACCUCCCUGACUAAGGCCCUUCUCUCCCGAUUGCUCAGUUUGGCCGGGCGGCCAGCUCUAGGAAGAGUCUUGGUGGUUCCAAACUUCUUCCAUUUAAGAAUGUUGGAGGCCACUGUGUUCUUGGGGAUGCUGCAGAAAUGUUUUUGUACCCUUCCCCAGAUCUGUGCCUUGACACAAUCCUGUCUCGGAGCUCUGCGAACAAUUCCUUCCACCUCAUGGCUUGGUUUUUGCUCUGACAUGCACUGUCAACUGUGGGACCUUAUAUAGACAGGUGUGUGCCUUUUACAAAUCAUGUAAAAUCAAUUGAAUUUACCACAGGUGGACUCCAAUCACGUUGUAGAAACAUCUCAAGGAUGACCAAUGGAAACAGGAUGCACCUGAGCUCAAUUUUGAGUCUCAUAGCAAAGGGUCUGAAUACUUAUGUAAAUAAGGUGUUUUUGUUUUUCAAUUUUUUAUAAAUGUGUAAACAUUUAUAAAAACCUGUUUUCGCUUUGUCAUUAUGGGUUACUGUGUGUAGAUUGAUGAGGGAAAAAAUGAAUUUAAUCAAUUUUAGAAUAAGGCUGUAACGUAACAAUGUGGAAAAAGUCAAGGGGUCUGAAUACCUUCCGAAUGCACUGUAUAUGUUUCUUAAUUCCAUUAUUUUACUUUUAGAUUUGUGUGUAUUGUUGUGAAUUGUUAGAUACAUUUUUACAUUUUAGUCAUUUAGCAGACGCUCUUAUCCAGAGCGACUUACAGUUAGUGAGUGCAUACAUUUUUUUUCAUACUGGUCCCCCGUGGGAAACGAACCCACAACCCUGGCAUUGCAAACGCCAUGCUCUACCAACUGAGCUACACAGGACUACUGCCCUGUUGGAGGUAGGAACACAAGCAUUUCGCUACACCCGCAAUAACAUCUGCUAAAUAUGUGAUGAGUGUGAUAGGAGUCAGGUGCAGGAGGGUAUAUCACCGAAUACAGAGUUUAUUCCAUCGUACACAAUUGCGCUGGAUAGCGACAACAGAAAACAGUCACAGGGGAAACCAUCUACCCUGGCAAUACAAGGUACGGGUAGCUUCAACAAUAUACAGGCACAGGGGAAAAAUCUACCCCGGCAAUACAAAGUGAGAGUAGCUCCACCGAGCUACACUACUCUCACAAAUAACAAUCCCCCACAAGGACAAGGGGGGCAGAGGGAACACUUAUACACGGACUAAUGAGGGGAUAAGAACCAGGUGUGUGUAAUUAACAAGACAAGACAAGACAAAUGGAAUGAUGAUAUAUGGAGCGGCAUUGGCUAGUAAGCCGGUGACGACGAACGCCGAAGCCUGCCCGAACAAGGAGGGGAGGCAGCCUCUGCGGAAGGCGUGACAAAAUAUGUGUAUGUGACCAAUAACAUUUGAUUUGAUUUGGUGGUGUUUGGUCAAAGACCGUCACGGUAGGAAGAUAUUUUAAUGUAAAGCGUAUGCAUGACCUCCGGCCGGCAGAAUCCCAUAGAGCUGAAAUGACAAACUACAAUAGGGUUGUGCUACACUGCCUGGACAUACAGCACAGUAAACUAAUCUAAAAUGAAUGUCGAAAAGCGAAGUAACCUGUGGUUUGUAUCUUUUAAGAUAAGUAAAACUUCCGCUUAAGACCGAUGCGUUUCGACAAACAUGUCUUCAUAAGGAUAUAGUCCCUGGCCUAAACGAAUGUCCUUGGAUUGUAAAAUGCAACUUUUAGCCGAGCACAUUGUGGAGGAAGUCGUCCAGACAACAGAGGGGACUGAGGAAGAAGAGCAGCGUCCACCGACCCCAUCACAGGAGCAGCAGGCCCCUGAAGGGGAGAGUCCGGACACAGAGGGAGCGCCAGCCAUAUCGGAAGAUACCACUGAGGAAGCUUUUGAGGGGAAACUGGCGGUUGAGGCAGGAUCAUUUGAGGCUCUCGCUGAGUUUGCUGUCCAGGUAGAGGAAGGUGAGGACCCCUCUUGAUAAAACAUUGUUCAUCCUUCUCCCACCAAGAACAUCAAGCGUGCCAGUAUCACCUGGUAAAUAUUGUCACGGCGCAUACCAACUGCUGUUCAAUUUCCUCCAUGUGUAGCUAUGCACUAUCCCACCAAUGUGUCCUUCUGUUGGCAAACAGUUUGAGGGGAGAUUCGUACUGUGUCCCUUCAUAAAAAUCCAUUCCGCUCAUUCUGUUGCUGUGCUUCAUUGCAGAAUUAUCCAUGAUGUUUCGUGUGACUCAUUCUGAUCAUCCUGUGUGGAAUUCAAUCAAAAGCUGCUAUUCAGGACAUAAAUCUUAUCAUAACAACAUUGUUUUCUUGUAUAGAGAUUGCUCUGCUGUACAAUGUCAUGAUAAUACCUUCAGAAAGAUAAGGCAAUGGCUAGCCUACAUUCCCUUAACACCAUACCUCUACACUGACUUUGAUGGCUCAUCUUUCUGAAAGGACUGGAGAGGUCAAAGCAAUGGCAGGACCAUAAACCUGCUUGACCCAGUGCCCCCUCUCAUAUUCCAAUUAGAGAUGUUGGUUGAAUAGGCCCUGGAUGUUGAUUUGGGGCCUUGAAAACCACCUGGAAAAAGAAAUUGCAAUUGGCUGUGUCAAAAAGAAAAGCAGGAACCACCCGAAAAGGCAGCAGGAGUGUUUCUAAAGCUGAAUGGCAACUGCACAAACUGAUGCGACAACCUUAAAGGGGCAAUCUGUAUUUCAAUAACAAAGGGUUUUAUUACAUUUUUUACAUUUUAGUCAUUUAGCAGACGCUCUUAUCCAGAGCGACUUACAGUUAGUGAGUGCAUACAUUUCCAUACUGGCCCCCCGUGGGAAACGAACCCACAACCCUGGCGUUGCAAGCGCCAUGCUCUACCAACUGAGCUACAAAGGUUAAGACCACGGUUUUGGUAAACAGCUGAGGGAUGGGGCUAGAGAAGGCACAUAACUGCAUAGCGGCUUAGUUUGAAUUCCAAUCAACUCGGUUUAACACAGUUUAAAGCAUUGAUUCUCUCUUCCUCAAGCUUCAUGUCAAUGUCAUUUCAGCUGCUGUCCCACUCCCGCCGAUAUCAGAUGAUUUUGUCCCAGGUACGUUUUGCAUCUUCCCUUAAUGAAAAGUGACGACAAUUAUAAAUGGCAUAAUAUCAAUGGCUAUCACAAUAUUUUAUAAUUAAUCCCAAAAUGGACUAACUCAUACUAUAACUACUUAUCAUACCUGUAGCCUCAUUAGCUGCUGUAUGUUUAGUAUGAAAGCAACAACAAAUAAUAUUCCGUUUGACAUCUCCUUAGAUGACAGUAGAGGUUUGACAUCUCCUUAGAUGACAGGAGAGGUUUGACAUCUCCUUAGAUGACAGUAGAGGUUUGACAUCUCCUUAGAUGACAGUAGAGGUUUGACAUCUCCUUAGAUGACAGUAGAGGUUUGACAUCUCCUUAGAUGACAGUAGAGGUUUGACAUCUCCUUAGAUGACAGUAGAGGUUUGACAUCUCCUUAGAUGACAGUAGAGGUUUGACAUCUCCUUAGAUGACAGUAGAGGUUUGACAUCUCCUUAGAUGACAGUAGAGGUUUGACAUCUCCUUAGAUGACAGUAGAGGUUUGACAUCUCCUUAGAUGACAGUAGAGGUUUGACAUCUCCUUAGAUGACAGUAGAGGUUUGACAUCUCCUUAGAUGACAGUAGAGGUUUGACAUCUCCUUAGAUGACAGUAGAGAUAUCCUUAUGGUUAGUGUGUCUUAGAUUUUUUAUGUUCUUUUUAUUUUUUUACAAUGUGUGUUUGUGACUCAUUCAUACUUUCAUGAGUCUGUUUUGCAUUACAUUUUUUAGAGGAUGAAAGCGAUGCCAUUGACAUGAAAGGAGGUGAGAUAUUCAGAAUGUUUUGAUUAUUCAUUGGCCAAAUAGAGUUUUCUACUCUCCUUCCCUGCCUCCUUGGUUAACUGGUCUUAACUGUGAACUUGCACUGACCACUAAGCAUAGCUUCUUGCACUAAAUAAACUAUGGGUGUAUAUUUUCAGAAUUGGUUAAGGAGGCACAGCCACAGCAGACAAUAGGUAAGCUACAGUACUGAUUCUACAUUUAAACGUUUCAGUAUGAGCAUUGGUGAUAGUGUGUUUAUUAGACAUGGUGAAGGGUCUGUGAAUAGUUAGUGUUUAUUAGACAUGGUGAAGGGUCUGUGAAUAGUUAGUGUGUUUAUUAGACAUGGUGAAGGGUCUGUGAAUAGUUAGUGUGUUUAUUAGACAUGGUGAAGGGUCUGUGAAUAGUUAGUGUGUUUAUUAGACAUGGUGAAGGGUCUGUGAAUAGUUAGUGUUUAUUAGACAUGGUGAAGGGUCUGUGAAUAGUUAGUGUGUUUAUUAGACAUGGUGAAGGGUCUGUGAAUAGUUAGUGUGUUUAUUAGACAUGGCGAAGGGUCUGUGAAUAGUUAGUGUGUUUAUUAGACAUGGUAAAGGGUCUGUGAAUAGUUAGUGUAUUUAUUAGACAUGGUGAAGGGUCUGUGAAUAGUUAGUGUGUUUAUUAGACAUGGUGAAGGGUCUGUGAAUAGUUAGUGUUUAUUAGACAUGGUGAAGGGUCUGUGAAUAGUUAGUGUGUUUAUUAGACAUGGUGAAGGGUCUGUGAAUAGUUAGUGUGUUUAUUAGACAUGGUGAAGGGUCUGUGAAUAGUUAGUGUGUUUAUUAGACAUGGUGAAGGGUCUGUGAAUAGUUAGUGUGUUUAUUAGACAUGGUGAAGGGUCUGUGAAUAGUUAGUGUAUUUAUUAGACAUGGUGAAGGGUCUGUGAAUAGUUAGUGUGUUUAUUAGACAUGGUGAAGGGUCUGUGAAUAGUUAGUGUGUUUAUUAGACAUGGUGAAGGGUCUGUGAAUAGUUAGUGUAUUUAUUAGACAUGGUGAAGGGUCUGUGAAUAGUUAGUGUAUUUAUUAAAUGUUUAUUUGCUUGCAGAAGAGUCAAAGCAAUACAAUGACCAGCCAGGCUUCCAGGAGACACAGGAAGCAGGUGGGCUACACAUACACACACACACACACACACACACACACACACACACACCAAUGUGUUAUCUUAGAUUAGUCCUCCUUCACCAUGUACCAUAUAAACAUGCUUAUAUGGCACUGAAAUCUCAUCUUUAGUACGAUUACAAUUGCAAUACAAUGCAGAGGAUGAAUCAGUCCCAGAACCGGAGGCUGACGUGGAACCAGAGUUGGAAUCUGUUCCGGAACUGGAAGCUGAAGCUGUCCCAGAACUGAAAGGUUAGAAGUAUACCAAAUCUUGUACCAUAGUCUUAAACCAUUGCUUUUUAAAUGAACAUUCUCACUUAGAGCUCCUGUGUCCAUCUGAAAUGAGGCAGUAUUGAAUAAUAUUGAUUUCCUAACUGCGCUGUACCUACUUGCCUGUGGGUUUGGGUUCUUGCAGAGGAGCCAGUGGCGGUAGAGAAGAAAACACCACAGGAAGAGUCAGAAGGUGGGUUUACCAACACACACAUUUAAGCUUUAUUCACAGUAAACAUUUGAACACACAUAAUCACAUCGUAUGUCAACAGUUAAAUCCGUUAGGGUUGGCAGUCAAAUAACAUGUGACUAUAAGUACUUUAAUGGUACUCUAAUGCAGACCAGGCUAUUUUGUAGGGUAGCCUUAUAUACCUCAGAUCAGCCGUCUACAGCUGCUGUUGAUGACGUGGCAGCGGCUCAAUGCAGUUGUCACAUAGCGUUUCCCAGUGCUUCCAGUCAUUCAAGGCCACCUCAAAGGCACUUUGUGACUGUCAUUUCUAUGGAGGGGGCGGCAGGUAGCUUAGUGGGUAAGAGCGUUGUGCCAGUAACCGAAAGGUCGCUGGUUCUAAUCCCCAAGCUGACUAGGUGAAAAAUCUGUCGAUGUAACCCUAAUUGCUCCUGUAAAUUGCUCUGGAUAAGAGCGUCUGCUAAAUGACAAAAUUUAUAAAAAAAUAAAAUAAAAAAAACCUUUUUGGGUGGUUCCUGCUUUGAUUUGUGACUCACGCACUUGGAAACUGUGGUAUUGGCUGAGAGUGUAUUUUUGUCACUGGUUGACACAUUAGUUGGCUCUUAACAGUGGAGUUUGAUGUUCAAUAGACAUGGUGUGUAACACUACAUGACUAGGUAUCAAAGUCACUCAGUUCCUCCUAAUAAGUCUUGACUGAUAUACGACCCAUCAGCACCCUCUUGUGAUUAUUAACUGCAAGGGCAAUGUUGUGGUGGGAUCAACCCUGCCUAUACAGACAGCAGUAGGGAAAACACUGUUCUGAAGUUGGAGAGUGAGGUGCAGUUUGAAAAGCCCCCCAGAUCCCUGGCCUAUGGUAUUUAUCCAAUAUGCCUGGUAAAUUGUGACAUAACCACUCUUUUCACAUCACUGCUCUGAAAUGUAAGCUCAGGUCAGAACCUAAAAUGAGUUCUUUCUUCAGUUUAUUACUGGUUGCGUGAGACGUCAGUUUUAUUUUAAUCUGUGAGAUUUGUAAAAUAUGAGCAGUCCAUACAAUAAUGAAAAAAGCAGACCUCUACGAUUUCAAGUGUCUAGUAUUGCAGUGUUUGCUGCUGUUGACGUCAUGAUUUUUUUUUACUGAAUUGGCGAACACCAGUUUAUUCUCUAUACAAUCUCUUAUAUAAACCUUUAGUUUUUCCAAGAAAGUCAUUAUGCUUUUUAAGCCAGAUCAGUUUUUUUCUGUUUCUUAAAUGUGUCUUCCUUUAUCGUGUAAUGUUUUUUUUUUUUGUUACAUUGAUCUGAAUUAAUAUUUGUUAUUUGCGCUGCUACUGUGUGUUGCUAGCGUUCUUCUAGCUGUCAUUUUCUUCCCUUUGGGUCAUUCCAACUCAAAAAGCACAAGAAAGAGGAUUUCGACACCCAACAUUUGCGAUUGUUCUGAAAUCGUUUCUGUAGUUAGAAACAGAUGAGAUUAGCAUUCCUGCAACAUUAUUUUGUGGAAAUAUAAUUUGAUCUCUGAGAAAUUAAGCUAAUUGAUUGCACCCAAAUUUGACAUUUUAAAUUAUAGGACUCACAUAAUAUGCAAUAAAUAAAGUACCCGAUAUCUGAUUUGGACCCCAAAAAAUUCUAACAAUGAAUAAGAUGAGGAUUCCAAAGAACUUGUCAAAAUCCACCCACGGACCCCCGACACCCCACACCAAUCCCACCACAACAACGACUAUAUAGUAUCAGUUCUCUAUGUCGUAGUAUGGAGCUGCGGCUCAGAGUAUUGUUUCUUCAUCCUAUAUAAUGCAUUCUCAGUGAAUUUGGGGAUGUUUUUUUUUAUUCUGUUCAGAUAAAUUAGUCAUUAGGUUUAUGUCCCGUCCUACAUCCUAAUAUUACCAGGUUCUGACCACUAGAUGGUGCUGUUUCUGCUAUUAGGUGAUUGAAAGAAAAUAUCACCCAAAUGACAAAAUGACAUAUUGGUUUCAUGACCCUGUAAGCAGUCUAUGGACAAGGUACGAGCGCAACCCAUGCUUUGGUUUUGUUUACCUGGCCACUGUUUCAAAUGCUAACUUUUUAGCAUUUGUGGCACAAAUCCAAUGCAAGUAAAUGGUACCUAUAUUAGCAUUUUCACGCUUCAUGUUCAAACGUAUGCCAUGUUAAUGAUAUCUGAGUGAGAGUGACUAACAAAAUCAAUGAGGGCCCCCUGGAAGUCAGGGCCCCUUGGCCCUGCGUGCUCAGUCGGUAUUCAGUCAUGAUUACUAAACAUUGUUAGCUGACAUGGCUAAUUGAGUGACUGACAUAACAAGUGAAAAAUUACUGAUGGACAACCAAAUUUCGAAAUUGCACCUUGUCUACUAUUCUAACUCUAACCAGUAAGUUGAGACCCUGACUGAGUUCGUAAAAAAUAAAUAUAUAUGUGUAUAUAAUAUUUUGUUUUUGCUCUGAUAUGUCGCAACCCAUCAUUAACAUAAGUGGUUCAUGACCCAUAAUUUAAGAAAUACUUACCUAAUAGCAGGAACAGCACCAUCUAGUGGUCAGAACCUGGUAAUAUCAGGAUGUAGGAUGGGACAUAAACCUAACAACUUCAAUGACUAAUUUCUUUGCGGGGGGAAAAAAACAUCACCAAAUUCACUGAGAAUGCAUUACAUAGGAUGAAGAAACAAUACUCUGAGCCGCAGCUCCAUACUACUUGUCAGACAUAGAGAACUGAUACUGUAUACUUGUUGUUGAGGUGAGAUUGGCGGGGAUUUGUGGGUGGCUUUUGACAAUUUCUUUGGAAUCCUCAUGUCUUACCCAUUGUUAAAAAAAAUUGGGGUCCAAAUCGGGUGUCAUGUACUAUUUUUAUUGAAUAUUACAUGAAUCGUAAAAUUUUAAAUGGCCAAUUUGGGUUCAAUCAAUUAGCUUGAUUCCUCAGAGAUCAAAUUAUAUUUCAACAAAGUAAUGUUGCAGGAAUGCUAAUCUUAUCUGUUUCUAAGUACAGAAACUAUUUGGCUUGCUGAAAUGACAUGGAAUGACCCCUUUGUAUGUCUUUCAGGAAAUGCAGAGGACCAACCCGAGGAUAUGCUCACAUACAAAGGUAAGUGUUCUUUUGAUCUGUAUUUGUAUGGCUAACAUGAGCUUUCUAGAAGCAGAAUAGCAAGGGGUGGCCAACCCUCCUGGAGAGCUAGCCUGCCACAGGGUUUUGUUCCAGCCCUACUCUGACACACCUACCGGUACUUAUUCUACUAAUUGGCCGCUCCUCUUCCGGGACUUGAUUCACUGAAUCAAGUGUUUACGUGUAGUGAUGGAGCAAAAGCCUGCACAUUCAGAAGCUCUCCAGGAUGGUUGGCCACCCCAGCACCGUAGUAUUGUAGUUAUUCUCCUCAGUUGGCAUUAGUGUCCUCCCACCUAGCCCUGCCAGAGAAACUUUGUCUAGCUUUUCAUUCCGAAUACAGUCAUUUAAAUGUCUACCCACUGAGUCACAAUGAGUGACGCAUCUGGAAGUCAAAUCAAAUCAAAUCAAAUUUUAUUGGUCACAUGCGCCGAAUACAACAGGUGCAGACAUUACAGUGAAAUGCUUACUUACAGCCCUUAACCAACAGUGCAUUUAUUUUUAACAAAAAAAGUAAAAAUAAAACAACAACAAAAAAAGUGUUGAGAAAAAAAGUAAAGUAAAAUAAAAUAACAGUAGGGAGGCUAUAUAUACAGGGGGGUACCGGUGCAGAGUCAAUGUGCGGGGGCACCGGCUAGUUGAGGUAGUUGAAGUAAUAUGUACAUGUGGGUAGAGUUAAAGUGACUAUGCAUAAAUAAUUAACAGAGUAGCAGCAGCGUAAAAAGGAUGGGGUGGGGGGGCAGUGCAAAUAGUCCGGGUAGCCAUGAUUAGCUGUUCAGGAGUCUUAUGGCUUGGGGGUAGAAGCUGUUGAGAAGUCUUUUGGACCUAGACUUGGCACUCCGGUACCGCUUGCCGUGCGGUAGCAGAGAGAACAGUCUAUGACUAGGGUGGCUGGAGUCUUUGACAAUUUUGAGGGCCUUCCUCUGACACCGCCUGGUAUAGAGGUCCUGGAUGGCAGGAAGCUUGGCCCCAGUGAUGUACUGGGCCGUACGCACUACCCUCUGUAGUGCCUUGCGGUCGGAGGCCAAGCAGUUGCCGUCUAGAGUUGAAAAUAAGAGGGACUACAGUGUGGUCUGCAAUUUCAUUGAGAAACUACAUCGUAAUUUUCUGAGGUUGCACCCACCCACACACACAUUGAGUGAUCCACCCAAUACCUCACUUUUAUUACGUUCUGUUCUACGUUUCAGCCAAAAUGAAGAAGCCUAAACUCCUGAAUACAUUUGAGAAAACUAUCAAGACGGAGAUUGACGCGGCUGAGAAGUUACGUAAAAAGGUAGUCUUAGUUAUAACACUGUGUGAGGUUUUUAAUGAACAUGCUCUUAUCUUGAAAGUAAAUGGAUGAAUCAAUGCUGAUCUGUUGUUUUCCAUGUCUUGUUUCACCACCCAGGGGAAAGUGGAGGAGGCGGUCCGGGCUUUUGACACUCUAGUUCAGCAGUACCCCCAGAGUCCAAGGUGUCGCUAUGGGAAAGCCCUGGUGAGAACCACAGUCUAAAUACUGUUCCAUACCAUUCUACUGGUUUAUUUUGUACUGAUUAAACAAAUGUUAACCCUUUAACAAGUUUAACACAUAACACUUAGUGUUUAUCACUAACUAAACACUUAAAUACUGUUUACUAUGAGCCUAAACAGAGGGUGAAAAUUGCACCCAUGUAAAAAUAGGGAAAAGGCCUGAAAUGUUCUGGGGCUCAUUAUGUGUGUCCAGGCUGAGGAUGACCUGGCAGAGAAAAUGCGCAGCAACGACAUGCUGCAGAAGGCCCUCAGCACGUACAAGGAGGCAUCAGAGCUGCCCAACGCCACGCCUGACCUCAUCAAAGCCACACUGAAGAAACGAGCCGAGCGUCAGCAGUUCCUAGGUAACCUACAGGGCCAAGCAUGCUGGAGUGACAACACACACAAAUUAUACCAUACAUUUUUCUUGUGUACUUAGUUUGAAGACCAUUGCGUGACUCCGAUUCAUGUAAUUUGGGAAAGGGGUUGUUGUAGUGUUUGUCUUUAGGUUUAAUUGAGUAUUUAAUAUAAUUCAUUCAGUAUUUUGGAAUAAUUUAUCAAAUUGAUAUUACUGGGGAGUGUGGUUGUGUGCAUAGAGUGUGUUGUGACUCCCUCUCUCUCUCUGGUGUAGGUCGUAUGAGGGGUGCCUUGGCCACGUUGGAGAAGCUGGUUCAGAUCUUCCCUGGGGACGUGGCCCUGAAGAACGAUCUGGGCGUGGCUCACCUGCUCAUCGGAGACAACAAGAGUGCCAAGAGGGUCUACGAGGAGGUGAGCCGUGGUCCAAGUCAUCACCACUCUUGAUUGCUUUGGGGUUUCCAAGCAUUCUUUUUUUGCGGUGAAACAAUGUGUUGAAAAUGUAGUGAUUUUGCUUUGCAACACAUUUUCACCAGGUCUGCUUCAGUAAACAUUUGUAACAGAAUUGUAAUUUGCAAGAUUACAAGUAAAUGGAAUGCAUCUAGUGUGACAUUUUGAGUUGGGAAAUGUCAAUGAGUGUCAUGAUUGAAUGUUUGAUUAACAAUUUACGAUUUCGAAUGAUGUAUCCCCUGGUAGGUGUUGACCAUUGCACCAAGUGACGGCUUUGCUAAAGUCCAUUAUGGCUUCAUCCUCAAAUCAGAAAACAAGAUAGCAGAGAGCAUCCCAUUCCUCAGGGUAAGUACUGUGUGUAUAAUAAACCAAUCAUGUUCCCACAGAUUCAAACCACCCUUUUGAUCCUGAAACCUCUCUCUCUGCACUGCAGGAUGGUUUGGAAUCAGGAGACCCUGGCACAGACGACGGCAGAUUUUACUUCCACCUCGGAGACGCCUUGCAAAGAAUGGGAGACGACAGUGUGAGUUAAGAUCAAACUUACAGACACCAAGCUUACACCAAUACUGACUCCACAGCAGAAGUAUUUACUAGAUAGUAACUUUACGGAGUAUGGUAACAGUAUGACUUAUCGUGAUAGUCUUUUUCCUCUGACAAUAAAACAGAGCAUUUGAAUAUACUGUAUUAUGUGAGUUCAAAUGUGUUGGUUUUGGAAUACUACAAGCACAACUGUUUUCUCCUCUUCCAGGCCUACAAGUGGUAUGAGAUAGGGCACAAAAGAGGUCACUUUGCCUCCGUAUGGCAGCGAUCUCUCUACAAUGUGGACGGUCUCAAAGCCCAACCGUGGUGGACGCCCAAGGACACUGGCUAUUUGGAUCUAGUCAAGGUAAGGUAUAUGAUGACAACUUGUCUCAUCUGGUUGUCUUUUCUCCCUGAUAGUUAGUUGAUUGAUUGAUCAAUGUCACGGAGUUCAAUAAUGUCUAGAGGGAGCAGGUCCUCUCUUUUCCUUUGAUCUGUCUCUCCCAUCUUAAAACAGUCAAUUCAUCUUCUUUUGAGUUUUGACCUGGCGUAAAGCUGUCUCUGACUGUCUUCUCUUUGCUUGGACUGACCAUAGAGAUAUAAUAAUAAUAUGAAUAAUGUGUCCUAAUUCUAUGUCUUUGGCCCAGACCCUGGAGAGAAACUGGAGGACCAUCAGGGACGAGGCCCUGUCAGUGAUGGAUAAAACCACCGGCCUCUUUGUUCCAGAGGAGGAGAACCUCAGAGAAAAAGGGGAGUGGGGUCAGUUCACCCUCUGGCAGCAAGGUAAACAAAUCAAACACCUGGCAAGUCCCUAUGUUAGAAAUACACUAAAUGUAAUUGAAUGAAAAUAAUCCCCACAAGCAGUGCUGGAAAAAGUACUUUUGGGUGUCAGAGAAAAUGUUUGGAGUAAAAAGUACAUCAUUUUCUUUAGAAGUGUAGUGGAGUAAAAGUUGGCAAAAAUAUAAAUAGUAAAGUAAAGUACAGAUACCCCAAAAAACGACUUAAGUAGUACUUUAAAGUAUUUUUACUUAACUACUUUACACCACUGCCCAUAAGUGUCUAAGUAUAGGUUUAGUGGUGUCUGAACCUGGCCUCUAAUUCCUUGUUUAUCUUCUGCUGUUCCUUGCAGGCAAGAAGGCAGGGGAGUCCUGCCGCAGUGUUCCAAAGACCUGUGGCCUGUUGGAGCGCUAUCCAGAGGCUACGGGCUGCAAGAGAGGACAGGUAGGUCACCCCGCCACAGAUGUGACUGACAUGCCAACUAUCAGGCAUCACACCACACAUGCAGCCAGCCAGCACUGCUGUAGAGCAGGGGAGGAUAGAUGGAGAGACAGCCUGGCCCUGCAGGCUCCUACUGGAGAUAGAUGGAGUUACAAAGGCACUAUGUUACACUCACUGAUAUCUCCCCGUCCCUCCCCAUUUCUCCCUGGGUUCCAGAUCAAGUUCUCUGUGAUGCAGCCUGGUACUCAUAUCUGGCCCCACACGGGGCCCACCAAUUGUCGCCUGCGCAUGCACCUGGGCCUGGUCAUCCCAAAGACAGGCUGCACGAUCAGGUGCACCAACAACACCAGGUAACAUCUUCCACAGCCAUCAACGUCAUCCCCUUAUUACAUCUAACAACCUCACCCACUUGUUAGUUCUUGGUACAGUGUAAGACUGACCAUUUGAGUGCUCUGUACUUGAUUGUCACUCAAGACCAAGUGUAGCUGCAAAAUAUGUUUUAACUGUUAACAUGUCGAUCUUGUGGACUGUCAGUCCUUGCAUCCAUAGCUCCGUCUAUGAAUUUGAGUGGUUACAUUUCCCCAGCCCCAUCCCUCUCAGGUUUAUACCAAACUAACUGGAGGAGCUGCCAUUAACUAAAAACUCAUGCAUGUGGCUUCAUUAAAGCUAGAAUUCUUAGUUGUUACAUCCACUUUUGGACUCAUAAAUUAAGGAUAUACAGUGGGGGAAAAUAGUAUUUAGUCAGCCACCAAUUGUGCAAGUUCUCCCACUUAAAAAGAUGAGAGAGGCCUGUACUUUUCAUCAUAGGUACACGUCAACUAUGACAGACAAAUUGAGACAUUUUUUUCCAGAAAAUCACAUUGUAGGAUUUUUAAUGAAUUUAUUUGCAAAUUAUGGUGGGGUCAAAAUGAUCACAAGAACGGUGAGCAAAAAUCCCAGAACCACACGGGGGGACCUAGUGAAUGACCUGCAGAGAGCUGGGACCAGAGUAACAAAGCCUACCAUCAGUAACACACUACGCCGCCAGGGACUCAAAUCCUGCAGUGCCAGACGUGUCCCCCUGCUUAAGCCAGUACAUGUCCAGGCCCGCCUGAAGUUUGCUAGAGUGCAUUUGGAUGAUCCAGAAGAGGAUUGGGAGAAUGUCAUAUGGUCAGAUGAAACCAAAAUAUAACUUUUUGGUAAAAACUCAAUUCGUCGUGUUUGGAGGACAAAGAAUGCUGAGUUGCAUCCAAAGAACACCAUACCUACUGUGAAGCAUGGGGGUGGAAACAUCAUGCUUUGGGGCUGUUUUUCUGCAAAGGGACCAGGACGACUGAUCCGUGUAAAGGAAAGAAUGAAUGGGGCCAUGUAUCGUGAGAUUUUGAGUGAAAACCUCCUUCCAUCAGCAAGGGCAUUGAAGAUGAAACGUGGCUGGGUCUUUCAGCAUGACAAGGAUCCCAAACACACCGCCUGGGCAACGAAGGAGUGGCUUCGUAAGAAACAUUUCAAGGUCCUGGAGUGGCCUAGCCAGUCUCCAGAUCUCAACCCCAUAGAAAAUCUUUGGAGGGAGUUGAAAGUCUGUGUUGCCCAGCGACAGCCCCAAAACAUCACUGCUCUAGAGGAGAGCUGCAUGGAGGAAUGGGCCAAAAUACCAGCAACAGUGUGUGAAAACCUUGUGAAGACUUACAGAAAACGUUUGACCUGUGUCAUUGCCAACAAAGGAUAUAUAACAAAGUAUUGAGAAACUUUUGUUAUUGACCAAAUACUUAUUUUCCACCAUAAUUUGCAAAUAAAUUCAUUACAAAUCCUACAAUGUGAUUUUCUGGAUUUUUUUUCUCAUUUUGUCUGUCAUAGUUGACGUGUACCUAUGAUGAAAAUUACAGGCCUCUCUCAUCUUUUUAAGUGGUAGAACUUGCACAAUUGGUGGCUGACUAAAUACGUUUUUCCCCCACUGUAUACCCAUAGAUUUUUGAAGAAUGGAACUUAUAAAUACCUCAUGAGCUUAGUUCAACUGUCGUACCCCAUCAGAACCCAAAAUAUAAGUUUGUUUUACUCCAAUGUUUGUAAACAAUGCAAGUGUAAACAAACGCUCUAUAGCUUCAAAACAUGGUUAAAACAAUAAUUUUGAUAUCAUGGAUGGUCAGUCCUUGAAUCCAUAGCUCUGUCUAUAAACUUGGGAGUGGUUACAUUUAUCCAGGCCCAUACCUCAGCUUUUUACCAAAACAGAGGCGGGGUGGCACUUUGUUAUUGUUUCAAUUAAGGACUCUAGCUUUAACACAAAGGCUAUGGUCUUUGCUGUUCUCUUCCAGAGCUUGGGAGGAGGGGAAAGUGCUCAUCUUUGAUGACUCCUUUGAGCACGAGGUGUGGCAGGACGCCAACAGCUACCGGCUCAUCUUCAUCGUGGACGUGUGGCACCCCGAGCUUACCCAGUACCAACGGCAGACUCUCUCCCCCAUUUAA